CUGCAUCAUUCGUAGGGGACGACAUGUUUACUGUUGUCUUGUUUAUCCAUGUAAUGGAGUGCUAUUGCAUGCAGUUACUGAUAUCUGACACAAGAUGGCAGUAAAUACUACCUUUCAGUGAUAUCCUGGGUUUUGAAGGCCUAUUUGUUGUGCAGACUUGGGGCCCUGUUCAUAAAGCAUCUCAGAGUAAGAGUGCUGAUGUAAGAUCAGCGCUCCCCCAUUCUUUCAUUAUGGUCUGAAAGGUAUAACUGAUCCUAGAUCAGUGAUCCUACUCUGAUGCUUUGUGGAUACUGAUCCCCAGUUCUAGUAAUGAGGGUUUGUAAAUGUCCCCUUGUAGUAAACCGUGUCUGCAGGACAGCGGACAAUGCGACAGGCUUCCUGUGUGACGACAGACUGACCUGUAUCCCGCCCUCUGACCUCUGUAACGGGGACGUGACCUGCCCCAAAGGAGCCGACGAGGACACACACAUGUGCAGUGAUCUCCCCAACAACCUUCCAGGUGGUCUUGUGUUUCGAUGUGGAAACCCUCAGUCCUGGCUCUUUACUGACAAGAAGUGUAACAACUUCAAUGACUGUGGGGACUGCUCUGAUGAGAUUGGGCCUUAUGCUGGCUGUGCCCCCUGUGGUGUGUACUGGUGGCCCUGCAUACCAGUGGACUUCCAGUACUGUUCCUGCAUCCCUCGCUGUCUAUGCCGUGAUGGACGCCAGCACUGCUACGACUGGUCUGACGAGUACACCUGCCCCAAAAGUUUAACCUGCUAGACUAAGGUGACCAGAUUUCGGAAAUGAAAACCGGGGACAUUUCCAGCUCGGCGGUCAAUAUAUCAUUAAAAUAUCCAAUGUUAUUAUAUAUUAUAUAUAAUAUCAAUAUAUCAUUAAAAUAUCCAAUGUUAUUAUCUAUAAAAUAAAAAAGGGGAACAAUUCCGGUUUCAUGUAUUUAGUCUAACAGGCACACUGUGAUAGAGAAAACAACUAUACUACAGAACCACUACAGACAAGACAGAACUGUCCGAUCUGAACAGCCAUUCAGUGGUCCUGCUAGUCU